AUCCCAUAGUAGAACCAAACACAAAGAGUUGAAGCAGCAGAAGAACUGCUCGCAAAAAAUAGUUUCAAAAAACGCUUUAAAAAUGCGCGAACUUGUGCUACUAAUGGCAAUUUUGAGCUGCCUUACGCAUGCAGCUGUAUCCCUUAAUUGCACUAAAGAUUUGCAUCAUCUGGCGGACAAACAGAUGUAUUUCAUUAUCUGCACCACAACGCAUGCAGUUCCAGUGCGCGAUGAACGAAUUUGUGGCAGCUGCAAGUCGCAAAAUGAUGAAAUGGUUGCCAGCUAUAACGGCCUGAUGCAGAACUGUUCGGAUCUCUAUAAGGAUGUGAAUCGCUUAAACAUUGUAAUUACCACGCAUGAACUGCUCGAGGGUCUGUGGAACAAAGCCUAUUGCGAAAAUUGCUUUGAAUCUGGUGGACACUUGUGGAAUAACUUCACGGAUUUAUAUUACUCUUUCCUUGCGUGCAAUAGAUCGACCAAUGCCAAAGAUAUUUGCACCGAAUGUAAAUCGCAUUAUCUGAAUAUGAACGAUUUCUACACGGAUUUGGAUAAGUCACAAAAGGGUCACAUCUGUUUCGAUAUACAGGAUAUUAUGAAUAGCACCCGUGUCCUGUGGUCCAAGCAAUUAAAAUGCUGUCAGCGUGAAGAUAAGAUGACAACAUUCCUGACCAGCGUUGGAGUCGUGGCUCUGCUGCCGCUGUUGCUCUUCUACGGCACUGCCAUUGUGCUGACCAAGCGCAGGGAGGCGCGUCAUGGUCUGCUAAACGAUCAGGAACCUGAACUCGAUGCACCUUCCACCUCACAAUUGAUCACCGCAGCAAUUCUAUCGACGCCCUCUGAGUCCCCGGCUGUGGUGACAGCCAACACAGAAAAGAUAGCGAAGCUUUUGACGCGCCCUAAAGCUUUCAGUGAUUCGAGCGACAGCGACGACGAGCCUGCAAUUAAGCCAAAGAAUAACUAAAUUAUAAGCAUUAUCCCAACUAGUGUGAUAAGCAUUUUGUUUGAUGGGAAAUUCCCUUGAUGUGUUAUCUAAACUAAGCGAAUUUUCCUCAUACGUAUUAUAUUCUGAAAUUGGAAAAUACGCUUUUAUCUACAAACGGGAUUCCCCAAGAAAAAAAUUGCUGAGCCUUUUUAACUUAAACGAUAGUGAUACUAUUUCUAUUUGUAUCAAGGAAUUACAUCAAGGAUUUCCCUUCAUUUGUUAUCAAGAGUGAGCGAAUUUCCCUCAAAACAUAUCACAAUGGGAAAUUCUGCUUCUAAAUAUAGGGGAUACCCCAAAAAAGAUAAAUUGUUGAGCCUUUGAUACAACUUAAGCAAAACCAUUUAAUUUUGUAUUCAUGAAAUUUCAAAAUUUCUCUGCUAAUUUCACUUAUAACAUAUCUGAAAUAUUAAAAAAACAAUGAUAUUUUAAAUCGUAUUACAUAAAUUGUUGAGAUUUUUAUGCAACCUAGGCAAAUCCAUUUUAUUUUGUAUCCAUGAAAUAUCUUAUGAACAUAUUUCUCUUCAUGUAUUACCAAACUUGAACGAAUUUCCCUUAUAAGCACAGGUACUUUUAUAUUCGCAAAUCGGAAAUUCCCCUUCAAUUAGGGGAUUCCCAAAAAAAACAAUGCUAUGAUUUUGAAUUGCAUGAUUAACACAUGAAUUGUUGAAGAUUUUAACUAUUUCACUUUGUCUCUAUAAAUAUUUCAUAUAUGUAUACUAUAUUUUAAAUUACCUUUCAGUGUUAUCGCUUCUUGGGGAAAUUCCCUUUACAAUAAGAAAACUUUUUUAAAUAUUUUUGGAAAACUGAA